AUGCGAAUUCACAAGACCAUACUGACGCAAAAAUGUAAAAGGCUUGGAACGCCGUUUGUUCUACAAAAGUCACACAUUCCCACGAUUACACGGAAAAGCGAAAAGAGCAAGAACCCAGAGCAAGCAUUUGAAGAAUCCAAAAGAUGCAAAAAAAAAAAAAAGGACAAGAAAAAAGACAAGAAGCUCACCGGCGUACAAUCCCUUGCCGAUGUCAUGGAUCCUCCAUUAUCUCGAUAUCUUCCCCUCGAACAAGGAGCCUCAGGGUGCCAAUACACCACCACGGCAGCAGCGGGAAGAAGAUACAUGAGUCCAUGGUUGCAAGAACCAGUAACAUGUUCCAGUGAAUGGUCGAAAUUCACACACAAACAAUGCCUUUCGCGCCACCACGCCAAGCUACUCCUCAGUCAAGAAGAAUCCUAUUCGAUUCGUCUCGAAGCGCACGAGUUGUUUUUGCGCACGGCAUUGACCAAAUGCGAGGAAAUUCAAGAUCAGUUUCAAGUCAAUGGUAGGGCGGCAUUGCAAAUUGGACACUUGUCUAAACUGGAAUAUUGCACGCCGAACCAAUUACCGACGCAAGGCUUGAGCCGAAGAACACCACUGCAGACAAACUCAUUCGCCCGCCUGUAG